AUGAUUAAUGAAGGUCUUGAUACUAAAAUUACAACAUUGAAUUAAAAACUUGAUCAAGCAUAAGAGAUUAGCAAGAAUGAACUCAAGAAACAAUCUAAAGGAGUUGAUGCGCUUGAUUUACAAGUCAAAAGACUUGAUACUAAAGUUGAUGGGCUUGAUGACUAAGUUAAAGAACUUAAUUCCAACGUCAUUAGAAUUUAAGAUGACAUGGAAUUCAUAAAGAGCUCUUUAACUUAAUUACUUCAAAAUUAAAAUCAGUGA